UUUUCUCAUGAUGGCUGAUUCGAUAUUUAAUGAUAGACCAUUUUUGGAAUUUUUGGCAACUCAAGGAGAAGAUCUUAUUCAACAAUUAUAUGAAUCGCAGCAUUGUGUUAUUGCUAUUAUGAGAAUGUUACCUUUUGAUGUUCAACAGUGUUUAAUACAAUUAAUGUUUAUAAAAAGCAAGGAUUGGUUUUCUGGCAAUGAAAAAAUGUGGAAACAAGCUAUUAACUCGUUACAACUCCUUAAAAAAUUGGGUAUUUUAGAAGGUGAUUUGGAACAUGAAAAUUUGAGAUUAAAUUUAGAUUUUCGAAUGAAUUAUAUUGCAAGCCUUUUAACUAGUCUAAAUAAAUUGUCAGGAUUAUCUUCUCACCCUUUAGAUGAUAAAUCACAAAAAUCAGCAAAUAAAGAUUUACUUGGAAAAAGUGUUUCGAGAUGGGAAUCAAUUUUAUGUUAUUUGGCACUUCCUAAUGAAACACCUGAUAAAAGUGUUUCAGAAACAACACGUUCACUUUUUCAUUUUAUUGGAUUAAUCAAAGGAAGUUUGUUUUUUUUUCGUUUUUAUUUUCUUAUAAUGGAACCUCCUGAACUGCGAGUCAAAACUUUAUAUUUUCUUGGUACUAAUCGAAAGAGUAUCAUCGAUUACCAUCUAUUGGGUUCUCCAUAUUUUUUGCCAAACUUUAAAGCUCCAUUUUUUUGUUUUAUAUUCCUAGCCAAAAUAAUCGUAAAUUUUCUAAAAUAA